AUGAGAACUAAAUCGCAAAAUGAAUUACACAAAAGAGUCCUGAAACUGAUGAAAGUGUACGGAAUAGACGCGUAUCUGUCGUAUACAGCAGACUGCCACCACAACGAGUACAUUGGAACCCAGGAUCUGCGUGUGACUAUGCUGACAGGGUUCACUGGAUCAAAUGGAAUAGCAAUGACGGCAGAAGUGCCGCUUCUGUGGACAGAUGGCCGAUACUACAUCCAGGCAGAGAGGGAAUCAACCUAUUCGCUGAGAAAAGAAGCACCAAGUGAAGUCGCUAGAAAUUUCAAGAAAAUCAGUUUUGACCUGAGACUAGUUUCUACCAAAUUCUACGACGAAUUCACGAAGAAGCUUAAAGAGAAAGGGGUUGAAUUCGUGGCGAUAGACGAGAACCUGGUUGAUAGGGCAAUUGAGGAAAUAAACAGGGAAAGAGGAGUAGAGGAAAAGAUGCUUGAACUCGAUGGAAGAAGGUACAGUUUGACAAGAAGAGUGGGAGACGUAACCUACUUGGAGAACUACCAGCUCAUUGACUUCGUUGCAGAUGACUUGAGGGCAGUGAACUACCUGAAGGCAUUUGGUUUCACGAAGUUGGACGAGAACGUCUCAGGCUCAAGUUACCAGGAUAAAAUAGGGAAAGUGAGAGAGGUGGCAGGGGAUAGGACACUUCUUGUGACUGAGUUGGACACAAUCUGCUGGAUACUGAACGUACGUGGGAAUGAGAUCGACUACAAUCCGCUCUUCUACGGCUACCUGGUUCUUUCUCGCGAUGACGUGAUUCUCUUUGUGGAUUCAGAAGUCUACCUCAAGGGAGUGGCUACGAGAGAGUACAGGCAGUUUGAGGAGUACUUGAAUGAGAAGCUGGUUCACGAAAGGGUGCUGGUUUCCAGCCAAUGCUCGCAGUAUUUGGCUAACAAGAUGGUGAAUGCUGAAUUCACUGAGGAAAUUAGAAUUAUGCAAUCGAAGAAGAAUCAGACUGAAUUGGCUGGAAUGACACUGGCCUACUACUACGACGGAAUUGCCCUAACAAACCUGUUGGGGCAUCUCAGCAGAAGCAAGGAGGAGUACACCGAGAAGCAGGUUGCAGAUCUGCUACUUCGGUACAAGAAGAAUCUGCCUGGAUUUGUUCAGCCUUCGUUUGAGACAAUUUCAUGUACUGGAUCCAAUGCAGCCAUCAUCCACCACAGUCCAAGUGACGCAGUCGUAGACUACGACAGCGUCUAUUUGAUUGAUUCUGGCUCCCAAUACCUCUUUGGGACGACUGACACCACCAGAACGUGUCACUUCAGGAAGCCAGCCCCAGAACUGGUCCACGAUAACACGUUGGUCCUGAAGUGUCAGCUCAAUGCGAUGAUGAAGGUGUUCAAGGAGGAGGCUGAGUUCUCUGAAUUGGACGAAGCAGGACGAAUCUACCUCAAAAACGAGGAGAAGGAGUUCAAGCAUGGGCUGUCUCACGGUGUGGGACACUUUCUCUGUGUUCACGAGCAUCCGCCUAUAAUUUCACCAAACAAGAAGGAGGCAUUCUACGAUAACUGCGUAUUCUCAGUUGAGCCAGGAUUCUACCUUGAAAACGAGUAUGGAAUCAGAAUAGAGAACCUGGUUUACUGUAAGAAGAAUAAAGAGGCAGAAGGAGGCUACUCACUGGUCAACCUGACCAUGGUGCCAUACGACCAGGGUCUGAUAGACCAGAGCAUGCUUAAUGAGCAGGAGAAGGCGUACUUGAACACAUUCAACCAGUUGCUAUUGGAACUGUUUGAAGGCAGUUUGAACGAAGAGGGGUGGCAUUAUUUGAAGAGUAAUGCGCAUAAAAUAGUGUAA